UGGCUUAUCAAGCACUGAUAUAUCUAGGACAGUGUUGCAUAUUGCCCGCAACCCGGAACUAGAGCCUAUCGUUCUGAUGGCCGUUUACGCUUCUGUGCCGCAGACCCUUACUCCAAGCACUAGGCUUCCGUGCAUUUAAGUACAGGGCUUUACCGCUUAUUAUACUCCUUUUAACAGCCUUUCUUGGACGUUUGUGUGGGUCGCAUGCAUGGAGUGUAAGCGCUUGGCGCUUGGCGCCCGCAAACUUCGGGACAGUACUGCAGAUACACAUUAACAAUGCUGUUGUGUAACCACCAGCUUAAGCUGCUUUGAACGGCUUAGACGCCAUGUCUACUCCAGCUCACGUCGUACCGCGGUCAACCGGAGCGCCGAACGCCGAUGGAGACCGUGCGGGCCUAGCUCGGCAGCACCAAGUGGUGCGCUACUUGGACCCAUGGGGCCCCUCUCAGAUUGUGUGGUGCCAUGGACACCACCUACUGCGCGGCCAUAAGGUCAUCCUCAACGUCUACGACCUCCUGCCCGCUCGUUUCAAUGGCUGCCUGGCAGUGGUGGGUCUGGGUGGCGCCUACCACUCCGGGGUGGAGGUGGGCGGCACGGAGUACGCGUUCGGGGGGCACUGGAGCGAUGAGCUGGGGCUCAUGGAGCUGCGGCAGCCGCUGCACGUCACGCGGAGGGAGGCGCAGGAGGCGGCACAGCGAGGGGAGGACUCCGACGGCAGUGCUGCUGCGGCGCUGGAGUGGCUGCCGCCGCUGCGCUCCCGCUCCGUGGUGGGCUGGUGGAUGGGGCCGCUGGGGGACCUGGAGCUGGUCAUGCGGCACAUGCAGAACCAGGAGCAAUGGGUCGGCUCCGCUUACCGACUCCUCACCCGCAACUGCAACCACUUCUCCCGGGCCCUGUGUGAGGUGCUGCUGCGCAGCCCCCACUUCAAGCCCGCCCCCGGUGCCACCCGCGCCGAACUCAUGGUGCCGCCCACCCUCACCCGCCUGACCUCGCUGGCAGCCGCACUGGGGCGCUGCAUGCCCUGCUGUGACCGCCGGCUGAACGUGCCCAUGCCGCUAGCGCCGUACGCUCUCAACGUCUUCCAGGGCAGGGGUCGUACCUGCCGUACGCGCAUCUCCUUCAAGAUCUGCGCAACAUACCGCAGCAGCAUCGGUAGCGCUGCCAGCGUUAUCAGUUUGGUGGAGGACAAGAAGCAAGCCUGCGAGCAGCAGCAGCAGCAGCAACGGCGGCAGCUAGGGCCGGCAGCGGAUGGAAGGCUACCUGUGAUAACAAACGCGGCAGCUGCUGGUGAUGGUGGUGGUGGUAGUGGUGGCAAUGCUGCUGCUGAGGUGUCGGAUAUAUCGCCGCUGCCUUCCCGCCUGAGGCUUGGCGACAGCGUCAUCGUGAUUGGCGGCAGUAGCUGUGACUUGGGGCAAGAUGCCGCGGGGUUACGCGGGAAGGUGGAGCAGGGCGAUAAGGCCGCUUCAGCAGCGGCGGCGGCGGCGACAGGAGCGAUGGCGAAGGUGCCAGUGGUGCAUAGGGCUACCGACGGCGGCCAUGCGCUCACUGUGAUAGCAUCCGCCGUAUCGGCAACGAGGGCUGCUUCAGAAGUGCAGGCAGCGGGUCGAGGGCCGCAGGAUCCCCCAAGGGUGCAACUCAUGGCUCGGUCCUCCUCCUCCCGCGGCAAUGAGGGAGCUGCAACGGCGGCGGCGGCGCACAUGCCCACCAUCACAGAACUCGGCGUCACGCCGCACAACAGGUCCUUCCGGGUCUCCCGCGACGGCUCCGUCGCCGCCGCCGCUGCUGCCGUCAUUGCCGCCACCGCCGCCGCAUUCGGCGGUCGCGACGGACCGCACGGUCGUGAGCCCAGUGGCAGCCUCCUCCGCCGGCCUCGGUCGCUGUCCGCCGGACCCACGGGUCCGCGACCGUCUUGCAGCAGCAGUAGCAGCAUUGGCGUGGAGUUGCCGACGGCGGCGUCGGCGGCGCCGGCGACGGAGCCAAUGGCGACUGCGGUGGCGGCGGGGGCGCCGUCGCCGUCAGGCGCAGCUGCAAAGCUCCUGGCGCACAGCCGGAGCGGUCGCCGUGUGUUCCCUGACCCACGGGUCGUGCCGGUGCUUGCAGCCGAGGGCGUCGCCACCGCCGCCGCCACUGACGGCAGCGGCAGUGGCGGCUGUGCGCCAGAUGCGGCAUGUAAGGACGGACCUCGAAGCACAGGCACCGAACCGCUCAGCACGUCGCCUUCCGCUCGAGAAGCCAGCAUCGGCAGCAGCAGCGGUAGCAGGCCAUGCAGCUGCGUACACCCCCCAACACACCCGCAACUGCAACUGCAUUCGCCCCAGCCGUGCCAGCCCAGGGCGAGGACGCCGCCGGGGCUACCCAGGCCCACCACACCCACUGAGACCCCUAGCACGCCGGCCGCCGGUAGUCCUGCUGCCGGUUCGGGUGGUGGUGCGGCUUCCGAGGGUGGUGCGGCCUCCCCCGGUGCACCGUCCCCAAGCGAUCGAACCUCUCGGCAGCACCAGCGGCAACGCCUGUCGCCGCUGCCCUUACUUUCGCCGCGCUCCUUGUUCAGCGGAGUGCAGCUGUCGCCGCCAGCACCAGCAGCCGCGGCCCCUCCUCCUCCCACCCAGCAGCAGCACCAGCAGCAGCAGUCAUCGUCCCGCCCUAGCAGCUCCCAUUCGCUGUCGGCUGCGUCGCCGCCUCCGCCGCCGCCGCUGGUAGUGGCAACAGUAGCCCCGAAGUCGGCGGCAGACGCAGUUGGGACCAGCGAGGGGCAACCCCCCCAGCAGCAGCCCCCUCAGCAGCAGCAGCACCGGCAGCAUCCCUUCCUUACGGUGACAUCCCCCAGGGCUGCCCCACCCGCCAAGUCUCCCACCUCGCCCGCUGCUCUCUCACCCGUCAAGCAGCCCCUCAGCAGCCCCGGCAGUGCUGCUGCCCCCACCACGCCUGCCAGUCAUAACAACAAUCAUGUCAACAUCAGCCGUUCCAGUCGCAAUGCGGUGGCGCCGCUGGACCUGCCGCCUCCAGCUCAACACCAUCCACAUCACCUCCAGCAGCAACAGCAGCAGCCUGCAAAGCAGGGCGGGCAGCAGCCGCAGCCACAGCAGCAGCCCGAGGCACCCCGUCGUUGGAGCGUCAUGUCGGGCGGCUUCAUAGACCUGUUGUUUGCUCGUUCCGCACUCACAACCCCCGAACCGGCACUGCCGCCCCCACCACCCGGCUUCGCCACGCAUGACGGCAUGGCAGCCCUGGCUGGAGAGGGCGGCGGUGGCGGGGCGGCUGUGGGUGCUGGCGGUGGUGGCGGUGGCGGUGGUCGCGCUACUCACACGGGGAUCUUUGGUCCGGGUCUGGCCGCCGCACCGGUGUCCACGAGCGGCCCUAAUGCGACGGUGUUUGGCGCACGUUCGGGUGAGGUCAGCUGGGCUCCUAGCGGCGGGGAUGGCGCCACGAGCGUGGCGCCAGCAGCAGCAGGUGGAGGAGCUGCUUCAAGGGAGGUGCAGUUGGCUACCGCUGUUUCCGACCCUGAACGCACUGCGGCACACCUGCAUUCCCACCUUCACCCUCACUCCCAGCACCCCCACCCCCACCAGCAGCAUCACCAGCAGCACUCGCCGCUGAGCCCCCGGUCCGGUCGCUCCAUGCCCGCCAUGGGGUCUGUCGUACCCCCCGUGGCGGGAAGUGUGCUGCCAGGUGUUGUCGUACCAGUGCCAGUGCCCCGGGCGCAGAGCGGCCGGCCGCGGGCAACGGAAUGACGGGUGAGGGAGUGUGUUUAUGACCGCCAGAUGUAGCAGUAACAAUCGCGCUGGUAGCCCCACCAGCACCGCCGCUUGCAUGGUCGGCAGGCAGAUUGUUUGUCCACGUUGGGAGGGGUCACACAGCCACGGGAUUGCUGGCUACGAAGUGAUUAUUGUUUCGUGAACCGGAUUGCGACCGUGACGUCAUUUCUUGUUGUCAGGGAAGGGCCAAACGGGGGCAUUUGUGAUUGACCUUUUGGUUUCGUACUGCGCUUGUCCCAGAAGGACGAAACUGGGGUUCUGGAAAUAGGAACCCUGACCAGCUUGCGUCAUGGCUUGCAGGGGCUUUACGCAUGCAGGCCCCUUUGGGUUUGUGCUUACCCGAGGCAUGCUGUACGGUUUUGCGGUUGCUGGGCGAUGUGGGCGAACGUUGGACGGCGGUUCCCGCUUACCAGUAGCCAGUAGGAUGUUGUGCGGCAAUGUGGUACCCAGUACUAGAGGAAUGUGGGAACUGCAACACCGCGGCUCUCUCUGCGCGCUAUUGAUGCAUUGACAGCUGAAGACGCGUAUGAUACCUCGUGAUACACACAUUAUAUCCUUACACGCAUGUAUGGCCCUGGGAUAUGGGCGGAGCGGAGCCAACUUGGCGGCGGUGACCGGCAACUGAAGGACGGUUGUCGGUUGGUCAUUGCGGGUGGCGGAAAAUUACUUAAGAGGGGUGGACAAGGGCGGGGGACGUUUUGACCGUUGUUGGUUGGGACAUAUACCGGUAUACAGGACAUGAGGAUCGAGGAGGAGAGGUUAUUACCGUACGUUUAUUUGCCUGGGUUUGGUACCGUUGGGAUGGCUUGCUUACCGUUGCAUUUGAACGAUCAAAUGAUUGUCGGACUGUUUUAGGACUUCAUUACUAUUCGAUAAAGCUGUUGGCAACUGAGGCAAUUUGUGACGGGGUUGCAUAAGACCACUUGAUUGCGCAAGCCAAGCAUGGUUUGAACAGAGGCCAUUGCACGACUUGUACGGCAGGACAUCGGAAUUGGUGUACGGAGAGAGAUGAAGAGAGAGAGGAAAAACGAGGUGCAUGUGCACCCUCUGUGUAUGAUAAGUCGGCAACAGGUCACCGUGCAGAUAAGCUUUCUACCUAACAACUUGGGCACUGAGUGUCGAGCAAGCUGUUGCAAUUGUUGAAUCACUG